AUGGCCGAUGCACGUGGCGGUGCUGCUCCACCAGCAGGAGGAGCACGCGGCGGCUUUGGCUCGCGCGGAGACCGCGGAGGCGACCGAGGCCGUGGCGGACGUGGAGGGCGCGGACGAGGAGGCCGACGAGGCGGCGGUAAGACAGAAGAGAAGGAAUGGAUGCCAGUAACGAAACUGGGGCGGCUAGUAAAGGCGGGGAAGAUCAAGAGCAUGGAAGAGAUUUACCUACACUCGUUGCCGAUCAAGGAGUUCCAGAUCGUGGACUUCUUCUUGCCGAAGUUGAAGGAUGAGGUCAUGAAGAUCAAACCUGUGCAGAAGCAAACUCGUGCUGGACAGCGUACUAGGUUCAAGGCUAUUGUUGUCAUCGGUGAUUCGGAAGGACAUGUGGGCCUGGGAAUCAAGACGUCGAAGGAAGUCGCUACCGCUAUUCGCGCCGCCAUCAUCAUCGCAAAACUCAGUGUUCUACCUAUUCGAAGAGGGUAUUGGGGUACAAAUCUUGGUGAACCUCACAGUCUGCCUACGAAAGAGAGUGGGAAGUGUGGGUCCGUUACUGUUCGCUUGAUUCCCGCCCCUCGUGGUACCGGCCUCGUCGCCUCCCCGGCAGUCAAGAGAUUGCUCCAACUUGCUGGCGUGCAAGAUGUGUACACCUCCUCCUCUGGCUCUACGAAAACACUUGAAAAUACGCUGAAGGCCACCUUUGCUGCUGUUGGGAAUUCAUAUGGCUUCUUGACGCCUAAUUUGUGGAAAGAGACGAAGCUCAUCCGAAGCCCGCUGGAAGAGUUUGGGGAUGUGUUGAGGGAAGGAAAGAAGUAUUAG